AUGACGAAGGAAUUAAUUAAACCUGCGGUGGCACGACAUUUCACAAAAGUUGUCAUUUCCUGGCGUGCACCACCACAAUCGAUAUCACCACAAUCCACGACAUCGUCUUCAACGUCGUCGACGCCUUCAACAACAGUGGGUAACAAACGCCCAAAUAUUAGUUCACCAUCAACUCCAAAUAAAAAACAAAAGCCGGCACAAAUAUCAGCAAAUACUCCUAUUACUACAAAGGAACCUCGAGCUCGUCAAAAAAUUUCGGUAUUUCAAGUAACAAACAAUCCUCGUACCGGUCAAGCUAAUAAGAGAGUCGGUGGAAAUGGUGGCAACAACAGGAGUAACGGUGAUGGUGGUUAUGGACGAAUUGCAAAAAUUGCGCGAAAUAAGAACAAUGAGAAAAACCUAUAUGUACCACCACCAAGAAGAGGUACGUAA